UUGAAGACAUUUGGUUGCUCUAUACUUCUUUCACUCCUCUACAUAAGUCCUCCAACUAGAAACCAUCCAUUCAGUGCCGACAGCGAAUUCGCUCAGUGGCCAUGGACCGCUGCAGUGAUCAAAAGUGUAGUUCCGUCGCCAUGUGGAAUCGUUGGUAAGUACACUACUCCGAAAGAAUUGCGCUCUCAGGACUGCUACAACGUAACUGUCGACUGCGAAAAUCAAAGCAUAAUGGAGAUUACCGCAUCGCAUUGCUCAACGGAUGUCGCAUUUGACUCUCGACAGUAUCAGUGCAUCGCUUCGUGGAGGGAUGGGAAGUCUCUUUAUUUGUUCGCUUUAAGCGGCCAAGAAACACAAUCAUGCUUCGUAGCAGAAUUUUCGUCCGGUCGACUGCAUCUGGCUUCAACUGGACCUCAUUGCUCAAGAGAUUUCAAUUUCUCCCAAAAUGCAGAGAAGACAAUUGUUCUUGAAGAAGAAGCCAGCUGCACUUCGCCACAGAAACUGAAGCCGUCGAGGAAGCCAGCUGGUUCUGUAGCGAAGGCGUCUUCCACAGUGUUGGUGGACGAGGAAAACAAGGAAAACACAAGUAGUCAUUUGCCUCCGAUUGCUGAAUCAGCUGUCAACGGCCCGCAAUGGACGUCAGGUCCAUCCAAUGUGGCGACGAGCACUCGAAACAUUUUACUGUACAUUGCGAUUUUCAUGCACUGCAUAAUCUUUCAGUGCUAUCGGGUGUAA